CCCUCUCCGUGCGCAAGAAACUCGCCGUCAGCACCAACACGAGCACCGCUGCGGCGGCAGCGGCAGCAGCAGCGGCGGCGGCAGCCGAAUCCUCCGCCGAACCCGCGCCUCUCGCGUUCCCCCGCCCCCGCAAAAAGCCCACGGUUGCCACACGCCUCUCAUUCGGCGGCGACCCUACAGACGCCGAUACCUCCGAGCCAGCGUUCACGCCGAAGAAGUCCGCUUUAAGCCGCAAGGCCAUCGAGCGCAAUGCGGCCAAACGCGCGCUAGGACUCGAGAAGCUGUCAAUCUCCCCCGCGGAGCGCGUGACGUAUAGUAAAGAGUACCUGGAGGAGCUACGGAGUGCACAGAAGGUUGCUACGCCGGAUCUUCCAACCACCGAUGAUGACGCGGUGAUGGUUGAUCUGGACGAGGCGCAGGCGGCCGAUGUCGAUAUGGCUGAGGUUGGUAAGUCGAGUGUGCUUACGGUUGUGGGGGGAGGAGGAGGAGGCGGCACUGGGAUUAUGGAUGAGGGAUUGGUACGCGUUAUGAAAGCUCGCCGGAAGGAACGGGCGGCGGCAGCGAAAGCGGGGGAUUUCAUCUCGCUACAUGAUGACGCGUCGGACGAGGACGGAAGGAAUGAGAUUAUGCUACGUCCCAAGAAGAAGAAAGAGAGUCGCUUGGCCCGUCCGGAUGAUUUCAAUGACGACGAUGAGAUCGCCAAUUAUGUGGAUGAUGAGGAGAGGGUGCUACUUACGAAUAGUAAGUCGGCGAGAAGGGAGCAAGAGCGCAGGAGGAAGCAGGCGAUCAGGAUGACUAUCGCUGAGGCCGAGGGCGCGGACGACGAGGGUGCUGAGUCGGAUUUGUCGAGGGAUAGCCUGGUGGAGGAGUGGGAGCGGGAUCAGAUCCGGAAGGGGGCGUUCUCAAACAAUGAGCAUGCAGCGAAGGGACUGGAGGGAGAAUUGGAGGCCCUGGCGAGAAACCCGCCUACUGCUACCGCACUGCCGGAUAUCGAAGAUGUGGUUGCGCGGCUGGUGGGCACAUUGCGGGCGAUGGAAAUCAGGAAGGCGCAGACGGCACGACAGAUUGAGGUCUUGGUGCUGGAGAAAAGGCAGAUCAAAGAGAGGGAGGAGAUGGUGCAGACCAGGCUCAAGGAAGCGGCGGGCCAGUACGAGAAGCUGCGGAAGGAGACGGGCAUUGGCGGCGGUGGUGCGGGCCCGGAGGGGAUUGCCGAUAGGGGAUUGGAAAGUUUCGGCAAUACGCCGAUCAGGGCAACGGAGGAAGAAUAGUUCUGAAAUAAUACUGUACCUAUAUUUACAUGGACAAACGGCGUUAUGGUGUUAGUGUUGUAUGAAGUAUCUAGAUGCCACGGAUUGGAACCCUGGCUAUCAAUCUAUGACGUG